AUGAAGUUCAUCUCCAGCUUUUUCCUAGGUGCCGCCGCUUUGGCUAAUGUUGUUCUAGCUGACUCUGAGGAGUUCUCCUUCUUGGGCGUCAGAUCGGCCUCCAAGUUCCACCUUUCCGCCGUCCAUGCCGAAGAGGGCGUUUUGAAGAUUGGUGGUCCAGGUCAGGCCCUUUCUGGGAUCAUUACCGAUGACGGGAAGUUGAAGCUUUCUGACGGGACUUACGCUGUCGUUAAAGACAACGGCGCUCUUGUCGAGUCUUCCCAGGAGAACGGGUCCUCUGGGUUCUCUGUCACCGACGGCUACCUACAGUACGUUGGUAACUCUGGCUUCUUCCCAGUGUCAAACGGCAACAGCUACGACUUGUCUGUCAAGCCAGCCGAGGGCUCAGAGACCGCCAUUGGUAUCCGCGCUUUGAACAACGCUGGUGCCCCAAUCCCAGACUUCCCAUAA